CGGAGGAGACGUUCGUUUAAGAUUAUUCGUCAAAUUAUUCGUCUUAAUGCAGUUCCGAUCGAGAGCUAAGUUUUCAGCGCUGUCUUGCUUCGAACCGAGCACAUCGUUGCAUUAUGCUACGUAAUCGUUUUAUAAAAUUACUGAAACACGAUUGUUCUGUCCUCGUGCCCGCCCUGCAGUCCAGCUUCGGUACAAGUAAUGUAAUUAAUAAGGAAAAAUCCUGUGGACAGAUUCCCGUGGCUGUUGUUAUAUGCGGUUGCGGCUAUCUAGACGGUACCGAAAUUUCAGAAACGAUCUCCGCGGUGGUACAUUUGUCCCAGAAAAACCUGAAGCCGAUAUUCUACGCUCCAGAAAUAGAUAUUUGCGAAGUCGUAGAUCAUUGUACUAAAGAAAUCGAUUCGGAGAGUUCGCCUAGAAAUGGAUUUGUCGAAGCCGCCAGAUUGGCUAGAUCGGAUAUCAAACCGUUGUGCAAAUGCGAAUCUUGCAGACACGGUGGGCUCGUCAUUCCCGGAGGCUUUGGUGCUGCUAAACUACUGAGCGACUUCGCGAAGAAAGGCGCCGAUUGCACCGUGCAUCCAGAUCUGGAAAAAGUCAUCGAAGAUUUCUCUUGCGACAAGAAACCGAUCGGCGCGAUUUGCAUGGCGAGCGUUCUCGUUGCCAGAGUGCUGCAAGGCGUUAAGAUCACGCUCGGCAAGAAAUCGCCGCCCGAAGAGUGGCCGUACGCGGACGCCAUCGAGAAAGCUAAAAGCAUGGGUGCCAAAGUCGAGUUGAAAGACGUGAGAGGAGUCAGCAGAGACAAAAAGAACAAUGUCUACAGUACACCGGCUUGGAUGUACAAAUGCGCGACUUACGGGGACAUUCACUGCGGUAUCGGAAAGUUAAUCGGCAUGAUGAAGAAAAGUAUUUAUUAGAAUAGCUUUAACCGCGCCGCGAUUCGAUCGCUGGUCGUUUAUGCGUUUGCAGAAACCGUGCAGCCACGCAAUCGUUAAAAUUACAUUCCGUCUAUUUACACGAAAUCUUGUUAUCCGAGUAGAUUCGACUCUCCUUCCCUCUCCUACAAGCUCCAUUGCGAAUAUUGGAAUUCCUAUAAUUUAUGGCUCGAUCAAAUCUGGAAAAACGAGCGAAUAGAAAUGUCAAUAAAAACUAACAGAACCGUGGA